UCGUUCACUAAGAGACGCUUUGCCGCGUUGACGACCUGUGAGACGUAACGCAGGGCUGACUUUUCCCGUGUGUGCACGCCGGAAGUGGUUGUAUUGCGUUCCUUCGCUAAAGUCGAACCACGGGGCUGCUGUUGUGUUUAAAACACAUAUAACAGGCCCUGAUGCAAUGGCAUCUCACCUGUUGAAGAGCAUUGCUGCCUCCUUGACCCGCCGCCUGGCCCAAAUUAACUAUUUGCCGGCGGUCGCUUCUUUCCGAUGUCUGUACACCCUCAACGCGAGUCCCCGCCCGCUGCCAUCAGCUCGAAGCAUCCAGCCAGUCGGGGGCGCCCCGUCCUUGCUGGGACAGUGUGGACAUCUACCCUGCAUCCAGCCGUCUGACGGGAUGAAAACCAGGUCUGCGCUGAAGAAGCGCUGCAAGGAUUGUUUCUUCGCACGACGGAGGGGACGCUUGUUUGUGUUCUGCAAGACCAAUCCCAGACACAAGCAAAGACAAGGCUGAAAUGUUGUGGCUAUCUGCAAUAAAUUGUUACGCUGGCUAUGA